UUUUUUCUUUAAACUAUUCUACAACUUUUCGCUUAUGUCACUUUUUCUCCGCACAGGCCCUGCGGCCGCCAGGCGGCUGUCACGCCGAACAGCCUCUGAGAAAUGCUUCGGUUCGUGUUUCGAAGCGAACUUUUUGCAUCACAGAUGUUCGUCCGCGGUACUGUCUCUCAAAUCAGACCGUCAAAUCAGAACCCGGUCCUGUUUGUGGUCCAGGUCCAGGUCUUACUCCAGUUUCUCUAAGACCAGACCGAUCCGGAUCGGCUGUGCCUCCGGGUUCUGGGGGGACACAGCGACCUCAGUGCCUCAGUUGAUCCAUGGUGGGAAGCUUGACUUCCUGGUUUUUGACUACCUCAGUGAGAUCACCAUGUCCCUGCUGACUGCUGCCAAGGCCAAGAUGCCAAACAUGGGCUACGCUCCAGACUUUGUCCAGUUGGCUCUGGCUCCGUUUAUCAAUGACAUCCACAGGAAAGGCAUUCGUGUUGUCAGCAACGCUGGAGGUGUGAACCCACUGUCCUGCGCUGAGGCUAUUAGGGAAGUGGUGAAGAAGGCAGGUCUCGACCUCAAGGUGGCAGUGGUGACUGGUGAUGACCUAAUGCCCCAUAGAAACGGCAUCACUGAGGUAAAAAUGGCCGAUGGCGGUGACAGACAACCACUACCUAAAACACUCCACAGUAUGAACGCGUACCUCGGGGCCACUCCCAUCAAACGUUGUCUGGACCACGGCGCUGACAUCGUCAUCACAGGACGCUGCGUGGACAGCGCUGUCACUCUGGGCCCGCUCAUGCACUCUUUUGGAUGGAAGACAGAUGAAUAUGACCUACUUGCAGCUGGGAGUCUGGCAGGUCACCUGAUCGAGUGUGGAGCUCAGAGCACUGGUGGAAUCUUCACAGACUGGUACCAAGUUCCUGAUUGGGACAACAUGGGGUUCCCUGUGGUGGAAGUCUCCAGCGAUGGAACCUUCCUUCUCUCCAAACCGCCCAGAACUGGAGGCCUGGUGUCCUUCGGAUCAGUGGCCGAGCAGCUGGUGUAUGAGAUAGGAGAUCCUCGACGAUACCUGCUGCCUGACGUCACCUGUGACUUCAGUCAGGUGAUCAUCAAGGAGAAGCCAGGGGUUGACGGUGGAUCAGUCACUGUCACUGGGGCCAAAGGCUUUAGUCCAUCACAGGACUACAAGGUUUGUGCCACAUACAUGGAUGGGUUCAGGGCAACAGCUGUGUGUCCAGUUGGAGGGCCGAGAGCUGCAGAGAAGGCCAGGAGGACAGCGGACAGUAUCGUCAAACGGAUGAAACACAUCUUUAAGCAGCUGCAACUGGAAGACUUCAACUCCGUCCAUGUCCAGGUCCUUGGAGCUGAGGACACGUACGGUCCUCACGCUCGGAGCAAAGGCUGUAGAGAGGCUGUGCUCUGGUUGUCCGUUCACCACACACAGAAGAAAGCUCUGGAGAUGUUCUCCAGAGAAGUCGCUCCUGCUGGGACUGGCAUGGCUCCUGGUCUCACAGGAAUCGUGGGUGGUCGUCCCCGAGUGUCUCCUGUGCUGAAGCCGUUCUUCUUCUUACACCCUAAAUCUGAAACAAAGGUGGAUGUCCACGUUAAUGGAGAGUUGGUUGAGUCAGUUUCAGAGGUGGGGCCUGACACGGCCGUUGAUGAGGCCCCGCCUACCUCAGCUGAGGAUGUACCAGACACAGAUCUGCCCAGUGGACCACACAGCUACAGACUGGAGGAUCUGGCCUACACCAGGAGUGGAGACAAAGGAGACACAGCCAACAUCGGUGUCGUUGCUCGUCAUCCUCUCUUCUACCCAUACCUGAAGAAACACCUGACGUCUUCGGUGGUGGAGGAAUAUUUUUCUCACGUCAUACAGCCAGGAGUCAGGGAGGCAGUCACGAGAUAUACUCUGCCAGGGAUCCAUGGCCUCAACUUCGUCUUGCGCAGUUCACUGGGUGGAGGAGGGGUGGCGUCGCUGCGCAGUGACCCCCAGGGUAAGGCCUACGGUCAGAUGCUGCUGGACUUGAAGCUUCGAGGACUCCCUGACCUCAAGUCCCUGGUGGACUGAGACGCAGAGAUGCAGUGGGAUGACCUGGGAGGUUGACGCUGUGGAGACACAAAGACAAAGGCUGUAAAAUGUUUCCAGAAGAAUUCAACCCUGCCCUUCACCCAGUGGCCUUACUGUGGAACUACAUGUGCUUUGUAAAUUCAUUGUUAAUCCCAUCGUUUCUCUGGUUCUUUCAUUUUCUUUUUUUUUACUGACCUGUGGCCAGUUUUUAAAGAAGCCUGAGAUCUGGGAUGCUGACAGAUGUUGACGAAAAAAUAAUAAUCAUUAGAAGGAGAGAAAAAGAAAACCCAAACAACCAGAGGCACUAAAAUGCUAACAAGGUAAAUUUGACUGUAAUCUAGAUACAGGAGUGAAGACAUUAAAGAUUUUUGAUCAAAGUA